CAAAUACACGUAGUUCUGAUUCCUUUUGCAGAUGGGGGGCGCUGCAGUCAUCACCAUAGGAGCAUGGACCUUGAUGGAAAAGAGCGGCUACAUAAAUUUCCUUGCCACUAGUACACUUGCUGUGUCUGCGUAUAUUCUACUUUUUGCUGGAGGGGUGGUCAUGGUGGCAGGAUUUCUUGGCUGUGGUGCAAUGAUACGAGAACACAAAGGCUGUCUCACAGUGUAUUUAUCAAUAUUAAUUUCUGUCUAUGCGGCAGAGCUGGCUGCAGGGGUAUUGGCUUAUCUGUACCAUGAGACGAUAAGCGAAGAACUAAAGCAGAAUCUCAAUAAGACGAUCGUGGAGACCUACGCCGAGCCGGGAAAGAAGCACAUUACUAGUGCUAUUGAUCAUCUCCAGCAGGAUUUCCAUUGCUGUGGAAGUGGCAGUUACAAUGACUGGCAGCACAGCGAGUACAUCAGCUCAACGCAGUCAGAGGAUAGAGUAGUACCUGACAGCUGCUGUAAGACAAAGACUCUGCAUUGUGGGAGAAGAGACCACCCAUCUAACAUAUACAGAGUGGAGGGAGGAUGUAUUACAAAACUGGAAGAGUUUAUCCAAGAACACCUCUUGCUUAUUGGAGCAGUGUCAAUAGGAAUUGCAUGCUUGCAGCUCGUUGGCGUAUUACUGACGGCUUGUUUCCUUUGCGUGCUCUAUAAGGAAGAGAAGGAAGAAUCCUAUGAUGUCAUGUGAUUGGGCAGAUUAUACCAUCCUCUUAUGUUCACUGACUAUAAGAUCCUCAGAAGAUAGGGGUUUCAUGGGCAGGACAGAGGGCAUUUGCAAGUGGCUCCUUGGGGCCCAUCCUUACUGCAUAUCUAGGGGACCCCUAAAUUCUAUAUGUCUGAUUCCCUUUGUCCACUAUAACCUACAUGUUGGUUGCUCACAUGUAAGUAAUGGUUAUUAUCCUGUAAGUGUGGAAUCGGCAGCUCUCUGCAUUCAUGGUGGUGCUUUCUGAAUAAGUCGUGCAUCCCUAACCCCCCCUUCCCCCUGCAGGGGCCCUUGACCGAUGUCCUCCCCUGAAUGCACUGAAUGUAUGUAAAGCGUGCCAGGGGAGGACAUUGGAGGCCAGAGGAAGCGGCAAUAGGGUCGGGUCUAGGCCGCUCUG